CUCCGCUCCCGAGCGCGCUCCCGUGCGCGCCCCCCGCGUCCCGUGCGCGUUCCCGCCGCAGACCCACAAACCCACAUCAGAUCUGGAUCUGUGUCAAGGACACGGGCGAAAAACAAAUAAUAAUUCGGAUUCGGAUUGGGAGCUUCCGCGGCGGCUGCGGGAUUCGGGCCCGAUUCGGAUUCUGUGAGCGCUGAUCGAAACGGACGCACGAACCGUGGCGGAUCCGAUCCGGAUCUGAUGUUCAUGAAUGAAACCCCGAGAUCGGAUCGAUAAAUGACGGAUAAACAGAUCUGCGGUGAAAUAUGGAUGUGAUGUGAAAUCAUUUCUGCGCUGAUUGAUCUUCAGCAUCGCCUGCCUCCAUUUUGAAUCUGAUUUAAUAUCGGGAUUUUAUUCGUGAUGAUGGAUUUAUUCCCCGUCUCCUGAUUUAUUCCUCUCAGUCACAGGUUAUGGUGGUUUGUAUAAACUCACUGAAGCCGGAUUCUGUCUAGUAUCGAUCCGAUCUGAUCGUGUUUCUGAUUUUAAUCAAAGAAAGGCUCGAAGUGAUUCCAGCAGAUUCGGUUCGGUUCGGUUCGGAGAUGGAGGAUUCGGAUCAGUGAAUAUGUGCCCCUCAUGAGAGAGGGGUGAUUCAUCUGCCCUGAACCCCGAUGAUGAUGAUGAUGAUGAUGAAGAUGAAGAUGAGUCUGAGCUGAUGAAGAUGAUGAUGCUGGAGACACAGAAUGCGAGUCAGGAGAUUGGCGAGGAGGUGGAGGACGGCGCCGUGUUCAGCAUCACGCUGAGGAAGGUCCAGAUGUACCAGUCGUCCAGUAAGAGUCAGCGCUGGCUGGGUGUGGACUCGGACUCUGGCCUCAGUCUGUAUGAGACCUGUAAGCUGCGCACCAUUAAAGCAGGAACGCUGGAGCGGCUGGUGGAGUACAUGGUCACCGCCUUCAGAGGAAACGACUCCACCUACGUCACCAUCUUCCUCUGCACCUACAGGACCUUCGCCACCACCAAACAAGUGCUGGACCUGCUGCUCAACAGAUACGCCAAACUGCAGCCGGGCGCAGAAUCACGCAGAAUGACCCCUGAUGAGCGGACGGAGCUCAGGAACACCGUCUCCUCUAUCCUGGGCGCCUGGUUGGAUCAGUACUCUGAGGACUUCUGGAAGCCUCCGGACUACAGCUGCCUGAGACGCCUGAUCUAUUAUCUGCAGCUGAACUUCCCCGGGUCGGAUCUGGAGCGCCGCGCCUGCAACCUGCUGAGCCAGUUCCACCGCAGACUCCAGCAGGCAUCGGAUCCGGACGGUUCGCCAGCUUCAUUCGUUCUGGAUCAGGGCUGCUGUGCGUUCGCUCUGCUGGAGGAGAACGGAUUCGAUGAAGAUCGACUCGACUUCCUGAGCUUUGACCCCACUGUGGUGGCGGAGCAGUUCACGCUGAUGGACGCAGAGCUGUUCAAGCGGGUCGUGCCGUAUCACUGUCUGGGAAGCAUCUGGUCUCAGAGAGAUAAGAAAGGGAAGGAACAUCUGGCGCCGACCAUCAGAGCCACGGUCAGCCAGUUCAACCGCGUCACCAACUGCGUCAUUUCCACCUGCCUCAGCGACCGGACGCUCAAGCCCGGCCAGAGAGCCCGGAUCCUGGAGCACUGGAUCCAAGUGGCCAGAGAGUGUCGGAUCUUGAAGAACUUCUCGUCUCUGCGUGCGAUUCUCUCGGCGCUGCAGUGUAACCCGGUUCACCGGCUCAAGAAAACAUGGGACGAAGUGUCACGAGAAAACUUUCGCAUCUUCCAGGAGCUGUCGGAGAUAUUCUCUGAUGAGAACAACCACUCACUGAGCCGAGAACUGCUGAUAAAGGAGGGAACGUCCAAAUUUGCCACUCUGGAGAUGAACCCUAAGCGAGCGCAGAAACGACAGCAGCCACAGAGAGAUCUGACUGUGAUGCAGGGGACGAUUCCUUACCUGGGAACUUUCCUGACGGAUCUGGUCAUGAUGGACACGGCCAUGAAAGACUAUCUGGACGGAGGUCUGAUCAACUUCGAGAAGAGAAGGAAGGAGUUUGAGGUCAUCGCUCAGAUUAAGUUGUUACAGCUGGCGUGUAACAAUUAUAAUUUCCAGCGCGUGGCGGGGUUCGGCGCAUGGCUCUCCGGCGUGGAGAAGCUCUCGGAGGCCGAGAGCUACAGUCAGUCGUGUGAGAUCGAGCCGCUCUCUGAAUCCGCCUCCAACACGCUGAGAGCCAAGAAGAGCUCAGGAAUCAUGAAGAGAUGGAGCGAUCGGCAGCCGGUGGGUUCGGGUGAAGCCGGAUGCAGCGGUUCUGGAAGCUCUCACUCCAAGUCCUUCGAUCAGCUGCGGUUCCCGCCGGGUUUGAGCGGCUCGGCCGGUGACGGCGGCGACUCUCUCAGCGUGACCUCCGCCGGCUCCAGCAGCUCCGACGUGGAGGAGGUCAACAUCAGCUUCAUCUCUGAUUCACCCGACGCUCUGGAGAGGAAGACCUCCACGCCCUUCGUAAAACAUUCCAAUUCUACCUUAGGGAAGUGCGGCCCUACGGCAGACCUGAUCCCCACGUUCUGGGAGUCCACGUCUCUCUCGUCUCUGGACGCGUCGGGUCUGGGCUCAGGUUCUGGCUCCAGCAGUGCCUCCUCGUCUUCGGUGUCGUCCACACCGGUCACAGCGUCCCGCUCACACAAGCGCUCCGUCUCCGGCGUGUCCAGCUACUCGUCUCUCUCUCUGCCGCUCUACAACCAGCAGGUGGACGACUGCUGCAUCAUCAGAGUCAGUCUGGACGUGGACAACGGAAACAUGUACAAGAGCAUCCUGGUCACCAGUCAGGAUAAGACUCCCGCAGUCGUGAGGAAAGCCAUGGUCAAACACAACCUGGACCGCGAGCGAGCCGAGGACUAUGAACUGGUUCAGAAAAUCAGUGAGGAAAAGGAGCUGAAGAUUCCCGACAACGCCAAUGUUUUUUACGCCAUGAACUCCACGGCCAACUAUGACUUUGUCUUGAAGAAGAGAGGUUUCCCGAGAGCAGGCCGGACCAAACACGUGGCCAGCUCCACGCUGCCCCGAAUGAAGCAGAAAGGUCUGAAGAUCGCCAAAGGAAUCUUCUGAAUCCCAAACUCUCAGUUCAGCAGUAGCUGGACUUUGCAAAGGCGUCUUCAGGAGUUUGAGAGGCGAUCUGUGUGUUUACAGUCAUUCCCCGAUCUCCAAACCCGUCUCCAGCUGUGGGUCGGAGGACUGAUCCCCAAUCAGAUCUGCUGUGCUGUGAACUACGCUACCAGGAUGCCACUGACCACCGCUGUGGUCAUCCGGCCGGUCACAUGACAGGAAGAGACCGCACACGUCCAUCAGUGUUUUUCCUCUUUACUACCACGGUGGUGCUCAGGCCGACGAAACGUUUCUCUCUUCUUCUGUUUAAUGUUUUAAUUUCUCACACAUUCAGAGAUGCCGAGUGACUCUGUCAUUGGUUUUGUUGAUAAAAGUCAUUUGAAAGCGAAUUGAUUUUCUUGCCACUAAAGAUGGAGGAGGUGGUGUUUGUGUAUAAAUAUGAGCAGUGCAUAAGUAACAAGAUGAACACCGAAAUCUGGUUUCUAACGUGGUUUUAACAGUGCAGUCGCUCGACUUCUGAGAUCACACGCGCUCUGGUGUCUAUUAGCAGUCGCUGCAUCGCUAAUCAUUCACGUAAAGCUACGCCUCGGCGGCGCACGUCGCAUUCGGAUAUCACUGAUGCGUCGAACCCCUUCUGAAAUGCGACCGCAGCAUUUGAAAUAAAAAUGAAAGGAUUGAGGAUUAAGGUGUUUUGAGUGUCUGGAGAUGAACCUGCGCUGAGAUUGGAAGAAGAGGGAAACAACUUCAAAUGUGAAACUGCACAUGAAAAGAGAAAUGAACAUGAAUUGUAACGAGUUUUUGUACUGUUUUACCUGUAGUUCAGUGGUCGUUCAUGACUGAUGCACAUGCUUCACAAAGCUGACCUGCCAUAUUUUCCACAACCCAGAUCCUUUAUAUGUGACUGUAUGAGUGAGUGUGUGUGUGUGUGCGCAUGUGCUUGCUACCUGUUGUAAUGUCUUUGGUUCAUGUCUUGUGUUUUAUGAAAACAAAACCAAAAGGGCCAAAGAUCUCUGCGCUUCAGGAGCGUCUCAGUCCAGUGAGGUCAGCACUGCCUGUUCAGGAAAAACCACCGUUUCCCAAGAUCUCUCAGAUCAGAUCUGAACACCACAGAUAUCUGGUGCCAUUCGUCUUUUUCACUGUCAAGAAGUAUUUAAGAAAAAAAAAAGGAAAAGAUUUUAUUAUAACUCACACGCUCUGGUUUUGUAUGUUCUUUUUUGUAAUUUUUGUACAAUAUGAAUUGUCCUUUGUACUUUUGCCUUUCAUUUGGUUUGUGUGUGUGUGUGUGUGUGUGUGUGUGUAUUUAUUGAUUUGUAAAUACUUUUUGUAGCAUUGUACAUUUAGUUUCUUCUCCCAUGUAAUUAUGAAUAUGUAAAUAUGAAUAUAUCUAUGCGAAGUUUAUACCACUCCAAAUAAGGGAUUGUGUUACUUUCAGCUUUGUUGACUUUGGGUUUUCUGUUUGUCUCGUCUUUUUUCAUGGUUUAAAUUGCUAUAAUUUUUUUUCCUUAUGAUGCACUGUUUCUAAUACUGGCGAAAACAACUAAUAAACACAUGCAGUGCGAUUCA